UCAGUGGGCCAACUCAAUAGAAAUCCUGACUUCUUGACUUCUUCACUCGUUAUUGUGUUCUUAUUUCGUUGGAACUGGCAGUUUGCGAAUAUUUUAAUUUUAUAGUCGAAAUGACCGCGUUUUUACCGUCAAAUCUUUUGGCAUUAUUUGCUGCUAGACCUCCCAUACCAUAUCUUCCUCCUCUGGAUAAACUAGGUCAUCAGAAAAAGCCUUGGCCGUACAGUGGAAUUGCGAGUAUCGUUGCUGACUUCGAGGAUCCUGAAGAUACACCUUCUCCAACUCGUGCAGAAACUAGAGUUGAAAAAAUAGAAAGAAAGGGGAUCCUCACACUGAUGGCUCCGAUGCAUUUAAAACUUUAUUUGUUGGAAGACUGAUUCAAAUGGUGACCAAUUCUACCACAGGAAAACCUCGUGGUUAUUGUUUUGUCGAGUUUGAACAUGAAAGGGACAUGCAUAUGCAAAUACAGUCGAUAUUGCCAAGUGAAUGGCAACAGACGAUUGCUCGCUCCUAUGUCAUGGCUAACACUACUUGAUCAUUUAAAAUGUUUCAUUUUAACUGGUGGGUAUUUUGGUGGGUAUAGGCUCGUAUUACAUUCGAAUGCUUUUAAAACAAAGAAAAA